GGAAAGGUCACACGUCUCUUAGCAACGGAAGAAGCGCAUUUGGCAAACAGAAGCACCGGUUGUGCUUUCUCCGGAUUUCGAGCUUCCCGACAUGUAAAGAGUAAAGGACCGGAACCAGGCUGAACACUGGGUGGAGAGACCAAGCAGCCGGUCUGCCGAGUGGAGCAGAUUUGUGUUUUCUCCAUCUGAGGAGCUUAUGAGGAGCAACGGUUCUCUUAAUGCGUGCUUCUACCCAAACAGAGCUCUGAGAGAAAUCAAUAUAACCCGUUGAAGAUUUAAAGAUCUCAAGAGCAACACUUCCUGAAGAAAGAAACAAUGGCAACAGAAGCCAUAGAACAACAUCAGAAAGAUUCCACAAACGUUGAGACUUUUGGCAGAAGAAUGAUUGAUUAUGAUCUGAUCACACCAAGAAUGAGUCCCAAAGCAAAUGCUCUGCAAAUUUUAGAACCAUUCAGAAGAAAGCUUGCAUCAAUUGAAGCAGAAAGAAUUAUUUCAGUAAUUAAAAAGACCAUUGAGAACUUGGAAAGAGUUACUUUGCUUCCCCACAUUGCCUACAACCUCAGCAGAUUCAGUGUCGCUAUCGGUUUAGAAUUAACAUGUGCUUUCAGGGAAUAUGUUAGAAUAGAGCAACACCUGCAUUUUGCUAUUAGUAAAUUGAAUGAGGAAGAGUCUCCUGAAGAGGAAAAUCAAGAUGGAAAGCACAAAGUAAAAACCAAAGAGGAGAGAGUAAAUGAUGUCAAACUUCUUAAGCAGGCCCUUGGUAGCUCAGUUAAAAGCAUCCUCCGGCUCUUACAGGGAAAUCCUUCAGCAUGUCAAGUCAUUCAAAUGGAAUGUAAAGCUCGGAAACCACCUUGUGUAAGUCUCAUUCUGGCAAUUAUUAAGCUGAAAGACUUGGUGUUUGGAAAACUUUUGGUAUCACCCAUAGAAGAUGAACAAAAGUCUGCGUUUAUGGAAAACAUCAUUUUGCAAGAUAAGCAAAACGUAGAAAUUAUUGCCACUUUGGAGGCAGAACUGGCAGCAGCCAUCCAAGAUAAAGAAAAUGAGAUGUUGAAGAAGAAUGAGAUAAUUCGAAAACUUAAAAACAACCUGCUUCAACUUGACUUAUUCUCAGAAGAUUACAUUCGUCAAAUUAAGCAAGAUGCAGAAAAACAGCAACAAGCUGAUCAGAAAGAUUCAGAAGGGAGAGUGGUCAAGUUGCAGGAAGAAAUAUCUCAGCUUCGAACACAGCUGAACAAUUUGAUUACAGAGCACAGAUCAUCUGAGCAAGCAUUAAGAAGGCGCAAGUUCAAAACUGAAACAGAGAUUGAAAACUGGAUCCAGAAAUAUGAUGCUGACAUACAAGAAAAACAGGAUGAAUAUGAACAGUUUGUUAAAAUCAACAAAGAUGAAGGUGUUCUGCUCCUUGAGUUAGAACAAAAGAUUGAAUCACUUGAGUCGGAAUAUAUUCAGAUUGUAGAAGAGAGAAAGAGAAAAGCAGAGGAAAAGAAGGCCAAAGAGGAGCAAAUGUACCUUAUGGGAAGAGCAGCUGUUAUCAUCCAGGCAUUCUGGAAAGGUUACAAAGUCCGCCAAUUGAUGAAAUCAUUAAAGAAGAAAAAGAAAAAGGGGAAAGGAAAAAGGAAGUGAAGAGCAGCUGAUGGAGAGAGAAAGUAAAUAAAUAUAACAUUCAUCUUCCAAAAAAGUGUUUUGCGAAUCAUUGGUGUUUUCUUCACUAAUGCUGUUUACACAAACAUCUUGUAUUUUACAAAAAUAAAAAUAAACUCUUAACCUUG